CGUGCACGUAGUGAGGAUUGGCUAAAACCAGCAUAACAGGUGUGACGAGAAUGACCACCGAGGACAUUGGGUUGUGGUCUAUAAGAUCGAGCAGGGAAAAGAUGCUGCCCACACACCCUCACACCUCAGGACAUGAGUAUCCGGACUGGUUCCCUUCUCAGCAUCUGCGCAUGCCUUUUGGCAGCUAUUGUUCCCGUUCAGGCAGCGCGUCUGGAUGAAAAUGGGGACCCACUUAUCAUCGCCGGAUUUAUACCCAAGAUAUGGCCGGCAGUGUUGUUUGCCGCCCUAUACUUCCUCUCUGGCACACUACAUUGGAUACACUGGUUCAGGACCGGUAGACCUCGUUACAUGCUCACAUUGACGAUCAGCAUGUACACUAUGGCCAUGGGCUUUGUCUUCCGUAUCAUAUACACCCAAGGCGAUAACAUCUACUCUAUCCCUUGGUAUUCCCUACAGAGCAUCUUCACCUUGCUUUCGCCUUGCGCCUUUCUUGCCGUAGACUACGUCCUUCUCCGCAAGUUAUCGGAGAGCCUGGGCGACGAGGUGGCCAAGGACUGCCUCUGGCUCAAGUCGUCCAUCAUCGUCAAGCUCUUCGUCUGGAGCGACGUGAUCACCUUUUUCGUCCAGGCGAGCGGCUCAGGCCUGGAAGUUAACGAGGACAUGGCGGACAUUGGCAGCAACAUCGCGCUCGCCGGUCUCAUCAUCCAGAUUCUCUCCUUCGCGCUCUUCACCCUGCUCAUGCUUCGCUUUGGCUGGAGGGCUCGCUCCAUGCACCCUGAGAUCUGGAAAAUCGGCACCGGCGAGGGCGUCUGGUCCACCUUCGGCUUCUUCAAGAUCACCCCCUUCCACAACUGGCGCCUCCUUUGGAGUGUCAUGUGCCUGACGUCCGUCGCCAUCAUCGUCCGCUGCAUCUUCCGUAUUGUCGAAUUCAAGGGCGGGUACCGCGGCUACGUGAUGAUGCACGAGGGCUUCUUCUACCUGCUCGACUCGCUUCCGCUGUGGCUCGCGAUGUCGCUCUACGCCUGGCUCUGGCCGACGCGCCUGGUGCCCGUCACGAGCAGCACGUCGCUGCCCUAUGUGAUGCAGCCGCUCAACGACGAGGGUAAGAUGGCCGCCAUUCACUCGUCGCGCAGCGUGGUUUAGACGCACCUAUUGCUUUGUCGUCCUGAUAGCCACUUGUGUGGCAGUCGUGGUAGAAGUUGGUGGAUGAUGGA